UUUAUGUGAAUUGCUGAAUCGGAUUUAGUUUCCAAUACAUCAGUCAAUAUUUUAGAUCUUUUAUUUAACUCAAUGAACUUUUAGAUCAGUAGUAUCUGCUAAGCUAGGCUUUCUUUCAUAGCCAGGAUUGAAGAAUUGGUCUGGAAUAUUUUGUUCAUAAGAAUUUUCUUUAUUAAUCCCCUUUUCUAUCAGUUUGCUAGAGAGAGCAUCAAGAAACCCUUUUCGGCAUUUUCUGCACUUGUUUCGAUAACAGGAAUUCCAGCCUUAUAGGUAAAGUUAAGUUAUAUCAGUUUCUAUCUCUUCUAUUUUCUAGCCCAAAUAUCAUUUAUUCGAAAAAGAUAUUAUAAAAGUAUCUUCUGGUGCGCUCUUAUUUGCCCUCAUCUAGACAUGCUGGAAAAUUUUAAAAGGACUCUUUACUAGCUAAAUCAAAUACCACAAUAAUGCAAUCACUUAACUGAAUAAUCUUCAAUUUUCAAAAUUCUGAGCCUAAAAUUGGCCCCUAUUGUAGUCACAUAAUUAUCUGUAAAAUCAUCCUCUGCAAACCUGUUGAGCUGUCUGUUCUUGCCUACUGCUGAGGCACCAAUCAGGAUCAGCUUGAACAGGUAAUGAUACUCUUUAUUCCUAUUCAGGGUGUAUUUCCCUCUACUAAUAUUCUUAAAAGCCUAAACAACGGCUAAGAGGAGGUUCUCCUCUUCGCCAUUGUGUAGUUCUUCUUUUA